AUGGGUUAUAUAUCUUCUCACAACGCAUUCCCAGUGAAUGGCAAGACCAUCUUAAUCACCGGCGGUUCCCGCGGCAUGGGCCAAGAAGUCGGUCAUCAACUCUCCCAAAAAGGCGCCAACAUCGUCAUUGUCGCGCGAGAUCCUCAAAAGCUACAACAAGCAAUCUCGUACAUCCAGCUGGGAGCCGCCAAUCCCUCCACCCAGCGCUUCCACCACAUCAGCGCGGACUUAUGUUCCGCGACCGAAUGCGCACGUGUGAUUAAUGAGGUGGUGGCGUGGAAUGGGGCGCCCCCCGAUACAGUGUGGUGCUGUGCGGGGAGUGCGUAUCCGGCGCUGUUUGUCGAUACGCCGGUGGAGCAGAUUGAGAAACAGAUGGCGAGUAACUAUAUGACGAGUGCGUAUAUGGCGCAUGCGACGUUGAGAAGCUGGCUCAAGCCAUUGGAGAAUACGCAAGCUGGUGAUCCCGCAUCUAGUACAGCGGAGCGCAAGAGUAAUACUGCACCCCCUGCGCGCCAUCUUAUUUUCACAGCGUCUUUUGUGGCGCUGUACAGUUUUGCGGGGUAUGCACCGUAUAGUCCUUCCAAAGCGGCGCUGCGCUCGCUUUCCGAUUCGCUUUCGCAGGAGAUGAAUCUAUAUGCUGCGGCUUUUCCGGGUGCGCCGCGGCUGAGAGUACAUACUAUUUUUCCAGCUACUAUUCUGACGGAAUCGUACGAGACGGAGAAUCUGACUAAGCAUGGUCUUACUUUGCAGCUUGAGGAAGGCGAUGAGGCUCGAACACCUCAUGUUAUUGCGGAGAGGAGUAUUAAGGGGUUGGAGGGAGGAGAGGAACUUAUCACGACGGAUAUGCUUACGUGGUUGGUUAAGGGAGGUGUGCUUGGAGGUAGUGUGAGGGGUGGAUUUGGAAGAGUUAUUUUGAGUUGGAUAUUAGCUGGUUUGAUGGGCAUCGUAAUGGUAUUUGUUAGGGCGGACAUGGAUCGGAAAGCUAGAGCCUGGGGGAGAAAAUUUGGUGUAGCUAGGAGUGCGAAGAAAUGA